AAGGUCAGAACUGACAUUGUCAUGGCAAAAUAAAUACAAUUUUUGAGUGUUUUGGGUCUAAAAGUCCCAACCAAAAUACGAUAGAAUCCUGUAGGAAAUUUGUAGUAUUUCGCAUAUAAUGCGUAGAGGUAUGCCCAAUGCUGAUAAUAAAUUUAGACACGACGCAUCGAAAACUGACAAGCACACUUUAGGCAACUUAGAUUUGUUAAAUUUACGUUUUAGUUCACCUCCUGAUAAGUUUAAGAACAAGCUAGAAAAGGAAGCGGCUUCCGGAGACAAUCGACUCCCAGAGAAAACCAAAUUAAGACACUCGUUCCAAAGACUCAACUUGGGGGAAUCCAAGUUGUGCAAAGAUUAUGCUCAGACUAAAACAACUCGUAAACCGACGACAGCGAGAGUAGACCCAACAAUCGACGAUUUUUUACUGCCACCGGGAAAACGAAACUCAAGAGAAUUCAGCUCGAGCAGAUCAACGUUUCAGUUAAGUAGCGCAGGUGACGCCGGAAAUUUCCCGUUUAAGGUUACCCCCAGUGGGAAUUUAAAAGUCAAUUCGCAGCAGGUCGUUUUCGAGUCGAAAAAGCUCAGUGUUUUAGUGGCAAACCCGGAACGCACCCAAAUCAAGAUAUACUCGGACGAGUCCAGCGAUAAAAUACCGAAAAAAAUGGCCUACGGUUCCGGGGAAUUCACCCGGAAUUCGGCCAUGGACGCCAUCUUGAGCCAAGUGACUGGGGGCGAGAUUUCCGGUCUGGGCUCCAUUAUCGGGGACACCCCCGCCCGGAGCAUGAAUAAGGUAUCAUCCGAGUACGAAAGCAAACAAACUUCGGAAAUCUUGGACCCGGAGUUGAACCUCUGCCGGCUGGGGUACACCGGAAGCGAGCCGAUCGACUGGAACAAGGUCACCCUUCCCGAGAAGAAAGACCUGUAUUUGGAAUUGUGUAAACGUAUCACCAAUAAAAGAAAUGCGGACUGUAAGGUGCACAUUGGGCGAGAAGAAUUUAGCUGUCACCUCGUUGUCUUGCAGUGUUACUCUGAGCUUUUCGACGGCUACAUUGCAAUAAAGAAGGUGGAAAUUCCGGCUGAAAAAUGCAGUGCGGCUUCGUUCGCUUUCAUUUACGACUGGAUGGUGAGCGAGGACCAGUCUUAUAAAUACCUGACUCGGGAGAAUGUGCUCGAUAUUUUCAAUUCAGCGAAAUAUUUGAAAAUUAAAGAUUUGGUCGAGCAGUGCUGGGCGUUUGUCGACAAUUGCGAGGUUUUCAACGAAGACACGGCUUUUCUUCUGUACGUGAACGCGAAACAGAAGCGCCUUGAAGAAGUCCACGAGUUGAUGGUGCCGCGUAUCCAGGACUUCUUCCUGAUUUUGGUCAGUUCGCAGGACUGGCUCGAACUGGGAGUGGAGGACGUUAAGAAUUUGCUCAGCUCGAACUAUAUCAGGAUCAACUGCGAGAUGGAGGUGUUCAUGUCCGCAGUCAGGUGGCUCAAGUACGACUGGGCCAACAGGGAUAAGUACAAGUAUGAAGUGCUCAAGUGCGUCAGAUUCGGAAACAUAGCCGCUUGGCAACUUGUUGAUAUCAAGCGCAAUCCCGAAAAUCCCGAAUUUAUGGAGUUAGCCAAAGACCCAGCCAUUUGCAAGCUCAUCGAUGACGGGCUGGCGUUUGUGAUCAUCAAGCACUGGUACGACCACGACAACGACGACUUCCAGCACUGGAACUCGGUCCUGGGGCUGCAGGAGCCGCCGGCCAGGAACUGGAGCGGGCUGGACAAGACGUACUUCACGUACCGCGAGUUCUUGAUCUACUUGGACCAGUACCGCCGGAAUCAGUUGAUUGAGAAGAGCAAGCCUCGCAUGAACCACGAGAAGAAACUGGGGGCGCCUUCCGGCACGGUGAUGUCGCCGGAGGAGCCGGUGCCCAGCAUGGAAGAUUUUUUGUCGAAGAAGAAAGCGUUACGAAUGCAACGCAAGCCGGUGAUUGUCCAGAGGGUGGAAGUCAGGCAAGGAGUGCAUUUUGACAAUUUCGAAGACGAUGAAGUUAGGAAUGUGCAAAGGAUGUUUACGCCGUCUCAGAACUCGCUAGCUUUGACGUCCCUCAAUCGAUUGAGUACGUCUUUUCUCAGUCCGCAGCCUAAAAAACUGCUCGUAGAGUCGACACUGUUCCAAGCCGAAAGGGAAACGAUUUUAGUUUUUGGCGGGAUUAAUCCGUACGCAAAUUAUGGUGAGCCGAGAAAUACGGGAAAUAAUAUUUUUCGGUACUUACCGGACUCCAAUAUGUGGGAACAUGUCGGUACUAUGCCCGAACCGAGGAACCAUCACGGGGUCGGCUACCUCAAGGGGAGGAUUUAUUUAGCAGGCGGUACCGACCCCAGACCCGACGACUUGCGCGGCAAAUCUCGAGUAGUUGACACAGUUUGGAGCUUCGACCCCACAACCCGAGCCUGGUUCAGCGAAACCAGUCUUGGUAUGAAACGUCGAAAUUUUGGACUGGUGGUACUCCAAAAAAACAUGUAUGUGAUUGGAGGUUGCAACGAUAAGUUCGAAUCGUUGAAUUCUGUCGAAAAAUUCGACCCCAGAGAAGGCGUUUGGAAGUUUAUGGCACCCAUGCAUUACGCCAGGGCCGGACUUGCCUGUGCCAAGUACCGGAAUUUCAUUUGGGCGGCCGGUGGUACCGCCGACCUAAAACGAAACCUUAUGCUAGAUGUUGUGGAAAGUUACGACGUGAGGAGUAACCAAUGGACCAAAAUUAAGAAACUCAUUUCGCCACGAUGUUUCGGUUGUUUGUUUGUCAUGGCAGAUAAUCUGUAUUUGAUCGGUGGUACCGGUCAGAAACAGAAAGAGUUUAAAUCAACGACCAGUGUUGGGCUUGUGGAUGUUUGGGAUACUUCGAAUAUGUCGUGGCGGACCAUCAUGGGCAUGACUAUACCACGACAUGGUCAUGCUGUUGCGUAUGUUGGUACCCAGAUUUUUAUCAUGGGUGGUGUCACAACCAUUUAUAUGAGAUGUCUAUCCAACAUUGAGUGUUUUUGUUGGAAGCGAGGUGCUUGGAUAAGGGGCAUUGCCGAUUUACCGGUGACCUUAUCAGGUCACGCUGCUAUCACUCUUCCUCCCGCCAUGCUAAUUUCAAACGAAUAAGUGAUAAAAACAGGAAACAAUAUUUGAUGAAUUAAAGAUUCCUGUCGUGGGCGUUGAAUGAGUGCGGCAUCUGAUUGGGAGAUGGCGCCGCGCUACUUGAAGUACUUUUACACCAUAACCAUAGUUUAGCUUUA